GACUUCCUGCCGCUGCCGUUGCUUUCUGCAUGUGGGACCAAUAUGGGCAAUGCAGAGUUUAAACAGUUGCAAAUGGGGGAGGGAACGUCGGGGCUUGUUUUACAUAUUGUUUCGGGUUUUAUUCCCCUUGCUUGUGUGGAAUUUAAAGCGGAGUUCAGGAGGCUCCGUGCCCCCGGUGCAUUGACAGCAGCUACUGUUUACGCGGACUGUUCAUUCCUGCGCUGUUUGCUUAUGGAAAAUAAGGGGGAGUGACAAAGAAAAGAGAGGAAAGGAAGAAGGGUAGAGAAGGAGGCACUAGCAGCGGUGCAGCGCAGAAGCCUUGCUCUUGCCCGACCACUAACGUCGCUGGAAGAGCCGCUGCCGCGCGGUUCCUAGCCCGCCACAACCUGUGUGGUCAGCCGAGGAAAGGGCUGCCCCUUUGCCGCUCACGCGUCUCCGCCUGUACACAUAUACACACACAGAGCCUCCGAGCGCGUCUCCGCAGGCAUGAGACUCCGGCUGCUCCUGUGUGUCGUGUUUUGCCUCCUGGCGAGCCUCCUGCCUGCCGACGGACAGAGGACAGCCAACCUGGCCCUGCGCAGGAAGCUCCACCGGCACGGCUGCUCCCACCGGCGCUGCGUGCCGCUCCACUCCAGGGUGCCCUUCCCCUGAGCCCCGCCGGGGCCUGGCCCAGCAAUUGCAUAAUGGGCUUUCAGUGUUUUAAAGGAGCAACAGUUAU